GCCGCUGCUGCCAGAGACACUUCUGCGCUUCCAGAAGGGCAAGAGACGCACAGAACACACCGGCGCUAAUGAGCUGGGGACUAUUCUGAGACUUCAGAGGUUUUUGGUAUCGUUCUUGCACUUUUAAACUGUUUGCGAGGAAGUCAUCACGUGCUGUGGAUUUUACUUUUUUUCUGAGAUCAUGAACUUAAGUGUUAUACGCUGAAAUCUUCAUUCACGGAGUUUUAACCGGCGGGAUUUCUAAAUUUAAAGGUAUCUAUUUGGACAACAGGACUCCAUUUGCGUCUCUGAUAUGGGACUUUAAGUUUAUACUUCUCAUAUCGUCUUUCCUGGAGUGAAUUUGGCUGGUUUAAAACAUUUACGCUCUUCCAGAAAUGGUGGGGCAUUUACAUCUGCAAGCUAUGGAUGAGAGUUUGAAAGGAAAGAACCGGGAGGGACUGCUUGAUAGUCCGGAUUCAGGACUCCCGCCAAGCCCCAGUCCACCCUUCUACUCUCUGUCACCAGGGAUCCUCGAGUCACGCUCCAGCAGCUGCUCAGCUCCAAAUGAGCUGCAAGGAUACUGCAGAAAGGAGAGCCGGGAAGGCAAACUGCUGCCAUACUUGCUCCUGAACUCUCAAGGUCCAGAUGCAAAGUCACGCAUGUACCCUGUGGUCUAUGGAGAGAGCAUCGAGGUUAACCCCAAACCAGAAAAAGAGAUCAAGUUCAACUCUGCGGUGAAGUACGCUUCAGACAGACACUUCCGUGACCAGGUGUUCUGCGCCCAGGUCCCGACCGCCACAUCCUUCAGCGAGACGGUGGUGGCCGUUCAGAACUGCACGUGGCGCAGCUACAAGUCAGAGGUUCACUUCGAGCCACGUCACAGGCCACUACACUUCCAAAGCACCACCAUCGUGUUCCCCAAACACACCCGGAAUACAUACCGCACCACGCUGAACUACAACGGUAACAGAAACGCAGCCGGGCGCCGGCGGUUUGUGUCCACAGUCAGGCUGGAGUCCACCGAGGACGCCAGUCCAUGCAUCAUUUACACAGAAGACCUCUGAGAGACACAUAGGAGAGAUGUGUUAUCCUUCCCAAAAUUGGUUAGAGAGCUACAGUGAGAGUACAUGGACUAAAACCCCGAUCCAACGACGGAGGCUCAGUGAGGGUCAUUUUGUUCUUUCGCUUCCAGUGACAUUGGUACUUGAUGUUGGAGAUGAGCUGGAGUUGAGUGUGUGUUUGUGGUCUUUACAUAUGUUUUACGUGUCAGUAAUGUUUUUAUGUACAUCUGGAGAUUUUUUCUUUUAAUUUUAAUAUCCAGUCGUACCAGUCAGGUGGAGGGAAAAGCAUUUGGGGCAAAACAGUUUCUGCCGUUUGCUGAUUCACAGGCCCGCGAGGAAUCUAAGCCCACAGAAUUCCACUGAAAGUUCCGCAGAUUUACACAGAACUCAGAAGAAUGUCAGUUCCAAAUUCCAAAAAUUUAAACCACAAGGGUAUAGAUCUUAAUAAAUCUUUUUAUUAGUCAUUAACUGUCUGGUUCUAAAAUUUAGCUUGGUUUUAUUUUUUGUUUGAAUACUUUGGCUAAUUUGAUAAGAUUCUAUGUGGGCCUACUUUUAUUGUCUUAGCAUUGCUGAUUUUUACAAAUUCUCAAACAGGAAAGAGUUAAUAAUUAAAACAAAAUGCAUAAGCACAUUAUAUGUGGACAAGAGCGCAAAGUCAUUAGACUUUAGUCAGGUUAGAUACUGUAUGAAAUUUAACACAAUGUCAAAAAUGAAUCAUGAUUAAGGUUUACUGGCAUUAACCUGUAGACUAUCAGAACUGGCUGAGGAAAUAUAAACUGCAUUAAAUUGCACUUAUGUAAAGUUGUUGUUUUGUUUUGGCUGUAAAUGUGUUGGUAUGACUAAGGACAGAUCAACGUGUAGGAGCACUUGAAAGGUUGGACCAAAGAUUCUGUAAAAUUCAGAGAAAGGGAAAUACAACCUUAAAUAUUUCCUCCCUUUCUGUUUGUACCUCAGAAAACGUGGAAUAAGAGUUUCAGAAAACGCCCGGCGUGCUAAUAAUUCAGUGGCCAAAAUAAGAGCUGCACUCACAGAACGACAGGAAACAGAAGGUUGUAUUUGAAAUAGCCGGACUGAGCAUGUGUUAGAAGAGAGAAUUCAGCGUAUUCUGAUCUCAGAUGCUGGAUUUGUGAGACAGGUUUAAUCUCUGAACCGAGACGAGCUUCUUUGACCUUCUGAAGCCUGUACGGUUGUCAGAGGUAAUGAGUCAUUUCUGACAUUUUUCGGAGCCAGUUUGUCCCAGCCAAAAUCUAGAUUACCAAACUCCUGUCUCCUCCAGCGAGUGUAUUUCCUCUUUUGUGGAGCAGAGCUGUUGUUGUUUAGGGAUGUGAUGAGAUGUAACGGAGCAGAGAUUUUGGCAUUAUGGAGGUGUAAGUACUUCAUGUCUGUCUUAUGUCUGGACUAUACUCUAUCAAUUCUGUAAAAGCUGAAGUGGGUUUUGUAAAUUUGGAUCCCUUACCUCAUUCGUUUUCUUUUUUUAAAUUUCUGAUUUUAUAUACUGUAUUUUUCGGACUAUAAGACGCACCUGAGUAUAAGUAGCAUCAGUCCAAAAAUACGUCAUGAUGAGGAAAAAAACAUAUGUAAGUCGCA